AUGAGGCCUCCUUGGUUAGGCGCCCGUGGCUGCGCCAGCAGCACCCCCUUCCUGUGUGCCCUCCUGGGUGGGGCCGCGGCUCCCUGGGACCUCCCUCAGGCGCCAGGUGGGGACAGCCCUGGCAGGAAAGCCGCGAGCUGCAGCCUGGGGCUCCCGAAGUCGCCGUCUGGAAGGCUCUGGUGCCUCCCCUGCCGAGGAGCCGCGGGACGCAGCAGCGCAGGAGGAGGGGACCCCGCUGCAGAUUCAGCCUUCCUUGUGUCUCCCUCUUGGUCUCCGAGAGAUUUACCUGAGAUCUCAGACGAAGCCGAGCCCUUGACUUGUUCGCUGACCUCAGCGGGCGCCCAGGCGGCCAUGGACGUGGGGCUCUUGGGGCUGCCGGACGCACCGCGGGCUCCCAGGAAGACUCUUUGGGGCUCUCGGGGCAGGGGCCCAGCCGUGCGUCGGCAGCGGGAGUUCAUGCCCGAGGAGAAGAAGGACACGCUCUACUGGGAGAGGCGGAGAAAGAACAACGAGGCGGCCAAGAGGUCCCGGGAGAAAAGGCGUCUCAACGAUGUGGCCAUUGAGGGCAGACUGGCCGCGCUGCUGGAGGAGAACGCCCUGCUCAGGGCGGAGCUGCGCGCCCUCAAGCUUCGCCUCGGCCUCCUGCCGCCUCUUGGCGGCCCCCAGACCUUGCCCCUGCCGGCUGUGCUGUGGGAGCCGCCCUGGGCCGAAGAGGCGCACUCCGAGGCCGAAGCACUCUCGCCUCUGCCUGGAUCCCACUGCCGCCUCCUAAGCCCGUGUUCUCUGGAGUCCGGGACCGCAGGGUGCCGAGGCUGCCUGGUGGCUCGGGGAUGGACCGGUCUUGCGGCUUCGCCCGGAUUCUCCCGGGAGCCUGCUGCGCCUGCCCCCAAAGGAGUGGACACAGGCUUGCAGGCUGCCCGCCCGGCUGCCUUCCUCCGUCGUCACCUCUUGGAUGGGCACGCCAGGCCCAGGUUGGAGCUGAGGUCUUGCUGGGGACUGUGCUCCCCCGUGUCCCCUGGAUGCCAGGCCUCGGGGCCCUCUGAGGUGUUUCUGACGCCCUCUGCAGAUCCCACUGUGAUUUCCCCGGGGGUGACCUGCCCCACCCCGGGGGACAGUCCUGAGAUGGUGGCUCAGCCCUCCCUGCCCCACAAACUGCGCAUCAAAUCCCAAGCUCCGGGCAGGGUGUGGUGA